GCCGUGUACAAAUCUGAUAUGGAGUGGCUGAGAGGAUGCGGCUGGUCCCCACAGGACUCAGUGGACGUCGUCAAAGCUAAGCACGCCAUGAACAUCUUCAAUGAGAGGCUCUACCGCCAGCCCCCAAGCAACGAGAAGUUCACCAGCGUGGUCGAUCUGCCAUCUAUGGUCCUGUCCAAGCAAAACGCUAUCAACAUCAGUGAUAGGAAAUAUAGGGAAGUCUGGGAUAAUGACAAGCUCAACUUCCACAUGCCGCCCGACGCCCCCGGCUUUAUUCUGUCCAAGGCCAAUGCUGUCAGCAUCAGCAAUAAACUGUACACGAAGAGUUGGGAUGAGCAGAAGGCCAAAGGCUACCAGAUCAAGGAGGAUACUAUCUCUGUGCUGAAGGCCAGAGCUUCCAGGGAUAUCGUCAGUGAUUACAAAUAUAAGGCAGGAUACCGUAAGCAGGUGGGCCACCACAUCGGUGCUCGCUGCGUCCAGGAAGACCCUCUGAUCAUGCUGGCUCUGAACUCAGCCAGGAUUGCCAGUGACGCCCUGUACAAGAAGGACUUCAACAAGUCCAAGACCAAGUUCAACCUGCCCGUGGACAUGCUGAAUAUUGAACUGGCCAAGAAAUGCCAGAUCCAGGUCAACGACUUCAACUACAGCACUCACCUGCACAACUGGACCUGCCUGCCAGACUCCACUGACGUGCGCCAGGCCAGAAAGGCUUACGACCUGCAGAGCGAUGCUGUUUAUAAGGCCGACAUGGAAUGGAUGAGGGGAACCGGUUGGGUGCCAAUAGGUUCAGUUGAUGUGGAGAAGGCCAAGAAAGCAGGAAAUAUCCUGAAUGAAAGGAAGUACCGUGAGCAUCCCAGCAAAUUCAAGUUCACAGCCAAGACAAGUGACAUCCCAUAUGCCCUUGCUACGGCAAAUGCCCAUAUCAUGGACAAGAAAGCGUACACUUCCGCCUGGGAUACGGAUAAGGUCAAACUUCACAUGGGUACUGACAUCCCAGAGAUCAUCCUGGCCAAGCAGAAUAAUAUCAACACCAGUCUGAAACAAUACCGUGAAGGCUAUAUGGAAACCAUCAACAAAGGCUACUACCUUCCCAAAGAUGCCAUUUCUGUUUUGGCAGCUAAGGCCUCCCGAAAUAUCAUCAGUGAUUACAAAUACAAGGCCGGUUUCCGCAAGCAGUGUGGCAAUCAAAUCGGUGCACUCAGCGUCAAAGACGACCAGCUGAUCAUGAUGGCCGCUAAUGCAGCCAAGAUCUUCAGUGACGCUCGGUACAAGAAGGACUACAACAAGUCCAAGACGAAGUUCAACCUGCCAGUGGACAUGCUGAGUAUCGCGCUGGCCAAGAAAUGCCAGAGCCAGGUCAACCAAACCAACUACUCCACCCGCCUGCACAACUGGACCUGCAUGCCCGACUCCACGGAUGUGGUCCGUGCUAGGAAGGCCUACGCCUUAAACAGCGAUGUAAGUAUAUGUAAUGUGUUCGAAAAAUAUCACUCGUCACUGGUUUGA